GACGCAGCGACUUUAAAUAUGGCUGACAGAGAAAACACAACUAUGGAAGUAGACAAGGGAGAGAAUAAACCUUGUUUAAAACAGGUUAAGUCAGUAUUUGACGACAAUACGCAAAGCUCGGGCAAACAGCCGAAUCCAGAGGGAAAAACGGGCCCAGCUGAAAGUCGCAGCACGGCGGAAUACUGCGAGAAGCUACAGACAUGGAUGUGGCAGUACUACACUGGAUAUGUGAACUGGCAAAGCUGGCUGGCAGCCUCAACGAUGUCCUGCUCUUAUUACGUACAGCCACCCAGCGGAACCUCGACGGCUGGUGAUUUCAGCCCUCAUAGUUUGCACAAUAAUGUCCCGUUUGGGUUUCCGUUGUCGCCUUAUCCAGCUGCGGUCAACUCGCCGAGCGGCCGAGUGGGAGACGCCGCUGUCGGAGCUGCAGCGGCCGGUCAGCAGCAGCCGCAAGCGAACGGAAACGCCCAGAGACCAAGUCGGGAGUACUACAUUCCCUCCCCACUCCAAAGACUCAUGGCUGAAAUGGUGGAUUUCUUCAUCUUGUUUUUCAUCAAAGCAACUAUAAUCAUUAGUAUUAUGCAUCUAAGUGGAAUCAAAGACGUUUCCAAGUUUGCCAUGCAUUUCAUAGUGGAGGAGAUCGAUGAAGACACGUCGAUGGAGGAGCUACAGAAAAUGAUGCUUGUUGCCCUCGUGUACCGGAUUCUAGUGUGUUUUUAUGAGAUUGUGUGCAUUUGGGGAGCAGGAGGUGCCACCCCGGGGAAGUUUCUCCUGGGACUCAGAGUCGUCACGUGUGACUCGUCAGUUCUGGUUCAGCCCAACAGAGUACUUGUGAUUCCGGCUACUAACGUAUCUCUGUCUGCGUCCACGGUCCGAGCCUUGAACAAGAACUUUUCCAUUGCAUUCUUUUUCCCGGCCUUCAUCACGCUCCUCUUCUUCCAGCACAACAGGACUGUGUACGAUAUGGUCGCUGGGACAAUCGUCGUCAAGCGAUCUAGGGUCAGAUGACGCUGAAGUGGACACAAAAGAACAAAUCGUACGAUAACUCUGAACAGAAACAAGAUUUUUUUAAAUAUAAAAAUGCCCACAGAACUGCUAUGUUCAGGU